ACUUAUUGUAAGUGAUGAUUACAUCCAAUAGAAUAUUGCAAACGAAAAGCAGUUACAGAAUAAAAAACCUCAGUUCCAAUCUAAAUCGGCAGAUUCUAACUAUUGUUCAUUAUUAUUAUUAAUAACAAAAGCCCUGCCGGUUGUCGUAAGUUCCAACAUCAAAAGAAACAGAUCUCAAUCCAAUUGUCGUAAGUUCUCAGAGAAAAAGAGAAGCAACAAGCUUUGGGGUUUUUGAGACAAGAAUGUGUAGACAAAAUCUGGGUUUAGUUCUGAUAAUCCUUGGAUUAAUGUUGGAAGCAGAGUUUGGGGAAUCAAUGAGGUUUGAGUUGGAUUCAGGACAAACCAAAUGUGUUUCCGAAGAUGUUAAGACAAAUGCACUGAGUGUCGGCAAAUACUCCAUUGUCAAUCCGGAUGAUGCUCAUCCUUUGCCUGAUGCUCAUCCUUUGUCUGAUGCUCAUCCUUUGCCUGAUGCUCAUAAACUCACUGUCAAGGCGAGUUCACCUUAUGGACACAUUUAUCACAUCGGAGACGAUGUGGAUUCCGGCAACUUUGCAUUUACCGCGGCUGAGAAGGGUGCUUACACUGCUUGUUUUUUGGCAGCUAAUCACCAGCCUCCGGUAAGGAUCACCAUUGAUUUUGGUUGGAAAACUGGUAUUGCUGCUAAAGAUUGGUCCUUGGUUGCCAAGAAAGGGCAGGUUGAUAUGAUGGAGCUGGAACUGAAGAAAUUGUAUGACACCGUCACGGACAUCCAUGAAGAGAUGUUUUAUCUUCGCGAGAGGGAAGAAGAAAUGCAACAUCUUAACAGCGAAACAAAUUCGAAAAUGACAACACUUGGUUUCUUCUCCAUUGUUGUAUGCUUAUCAGUGGCUGGUUUGCAGAUUUGGCAUUUAAAGACAUUUUUUUGAAAGGAAGAAGCUCCUUUAGUUGGAACCUGUUGUUUGCUGCAGUUUUAAUCUUUGUAUUUGUUUCAGAAAAAAAAAACCGGACCGGAUCGGUCAAACA